GGCUCAACGGCCGGCUGGCCAGGCCAGAAGCCGGAGACGCGCGCCAAAGUAAGGCUCGACAGGGCCUCCGUCCCGGCCUUGAGUAGCAGUUUCGCAACGUUGAGAAGCAAAUGUCGAGAGGGAGAGUAGGGAAAAAAGUCAAUAAUUCUCCUCAGUGUACCUUGAAAACAACUCUGUGAGAAGUCUUUGAUUACAACUUGAAAAACGUGUAUGCAGAAUGAAGAUGGCUGGCCCAUUGAGACACAUUGAAAUAAUAAUUCAGCAGCUUAACAAAUUCCAUCCUGAAAAUGAGAAUGUUGGGCAUUUCUUGAAUGAAUCAGCUAAAGUAUUACAGCCUUUCAAAGUAACAGAUGAAAUCCCUGUACCUGUAAUGGCUAUCUUGUGUGGCUGUUUAGAAUAUAAAACUCUAUUGGAUGUUGUAGUCGAUGCAUUUUAUAUCCGAGAUGGAAAACAUUGCCUAUUUUCUGAGCGUAACAUGUAUAUUGUUAUUUGUUAUUUGGCUACUUUUCGACUAGAGGAACUUGGACUUCAGCAAUUCAGCAAAAUCAUCAAAUCAAUGGAAACUGCUAAGAUAUGUAAGUUCCUUAGGUUCUUUUUCAAUUUGGUGAAUUUGCAAACAUGGAUAAAAGAUGAAUGGAGUCAUAUUUAUGAUUCGGAUUAUGUAAAUGAAAAUUGGAUUGAACCACUGGAAAAAUGGCAGCCAAAAAUACAGCAAUUGAUCAGUCAGCUGGAUAAUAUUGCCGAUAAACACGCUAUUACACUUUUAAAGACGACUCAACCAAAUGAGUUUCAUUUGACGGUCCCUAAUCCACGAGCUAUACUGAUUCCCGAGCAAAUUCCACGACAAGAGAAAACAAAACCUGUUCCCAAGAAUACUUACAAACCACCUAGAAUGAAGCAGCAUCUAGAAAGAAUCAAACUAAAGAAUCGCCAGCAGGCAGAGGAACUGCUUCUAGAAGCAAAUAUUAAUCAGUUCAACUGUGCAGCUCCAAAGUUUGAUUACAAAAGCAGUAUGAAGGAAACCCUAAACCUUGUUGAAAAAUUUGAGGCCCAAAAGAUCAAGUACAAGACUGACAGUACUCCUGUUAAGCUAAAUGCAGCAGCAAUCUUAAGAGAAGGUGUUCUGUACCAAAGAAAAGUGGAACAGGAGCUUAAGAGAGUCGAACAUCUUCUCCAAGGAGCACAGGAUCCAUCAAAAUUUCUGGAAUGGCAGCAACAAAUGCAUAAGAAAGAUUUGGACCAACAGCUAACAGAAGCAGAAUGUAGAAAACUACAAGGAAAGCUAAGCUAUGAGGAAGCUAUUUUGGCACGCCAAUAUUGCAUUCAGGAAAAGAAAAAAAAUGCUGACCAGAAGAGAGAAGAGGCAGAAGAAAUGCGGCUCCAGUAUGCAGAAAGAUGUCUUCAAGAAAGGAAGGAAAAAGAAAAAAAGGCUCAGCAAGUGGCAGAGGGACAUAAAAAUGUGAAGCAAGCACAAAUGAAACUCCACAAAUGCAAACAGCAAAUAGUUCAAGAGGUAUCUAAAAAAAGCGAGGACAUGCUACUUCAAGUUUUAAAAGAUGAAGAAGAGAAAUUUAAAAAAAGAUAUGAACUGAUUCAGCAAAUAAGAGCUAUAGAAUAUGUGCCAUUCCUGAAAAAUAAAUUUAUUGACUUAACCAAGACUGGUAACCAUGGUGUACUUGGUGAGAUGUCAAUUGUGGAACUUCAAGAACGUUUAGCUUUGCUGAAAGAAUCCCAGCAAAAAGCAGAAGAAGAGAAGAGGGAUCUGAUAAUCCAUGAAAAACAUGCGAAGGAACAACUUCUUUUGGAUACAUUGGAUCAAAUCUGUAUGUUCAGAGAACAAUUUGGCAGAGCAGCUGCGUUAAAACAGGAGGAAAAGAAAACUAAGGUGUCGCCUCGUGAAGCCAUUUUAAAAGAGGAACAAGUUUUAGAUCUACAAAAAAAAAUUAUGGAAAAGUCUACUGAACGUAAAAUGCAAUCUGAAUAUUUAAAAACUAAAUGUAUGAAGUCUAAUGGGAAAUCAAAGAAAAUUUGGAAGUUAGACAAAAAAUCUCAAGGAGAGGAUCGCUGGAAGAAAUUGGAAGAAAGUCGACAACAGCAAUUUAAAAUGCUUCAGCAUGGUCUUGUGUCUAGAGAUAAUGCUCAAAAAAUGAUGCUAAAUGAAGCUUUGAGAACUGGAACCACUGUUUGUAUAUUACGACAAGAUUUCUAGAUAUACUGCUGCUUAUUAGACAUUUUACUACUCAAUUUCUGAUUUCUUGAACUAUUUUACACUUUAGAUAUGGUUAUUAACUGGCAGCUGUUUUUGGAAUUAUAUAUUGCUUUACAGAAAUUAGCCAUUAUAAAUAAUGCUAGUUUUCAAAAUAAGUAUGCAGUACUUUUUAAAUAUUAUGUUUUUCAAAUAAAUAAAAAGGAGACAAAUAAAUGCAUUUUAAUAUUUUAAAAUAUUUUCUCAUUUAAGCAAAGAUAUUUCAGAUGAAUUUCUUCAAUGAUUUUAUUUUAUGAGGGCCGUUAGUAUUGUAUAAUUGUAUGUAAUUCAAUAUAACAUGAAGUUUUCCAACAUCAGACUUUUCUAGUAUGGUCCUAUCCCUCGGGAAUAUUCUCCCUUGAAAUGUUAGGAUAACCCUGAUCUUGGCUUUUUUGUAAGGCUGUGAAGAUUUAGUUAUGUUACUUGGGCCUGGGGACCUGAGUAUGUUAAGAGCCCUGUUUGCUGGCUGCAUCUAUAAGAACACUUUUAAUCAGUGCCAUUUAUAUUUAUUUUGAACUGUUUUAUUAAUAGGUUUGCUUUUAUUAUGUCUUAUCUCAUGUCAGAAAUGCAGGAUCUAGAAAGAGGAGGGACAUUAUUUAAUAUUUAAAAAACUAAAAGCUUUAAUAAAAUAUAGAUUAAAAUUCUGGUUACAAUGCAGUAAGUGUAGUUUGAUCCUGAUGGGGCUCGAGACUAACUCAGGCUUACAUUCUUUGGUAAAAUGAGCUGCAGAUGGUUGUGGGAAAUAUGCCCAGAGAUUGCUGUAAAGAACCAUGUGGUGGUAUGUGCUAUUGCUAUAAUUCAAGCUCAAUAAUGGGCCAUGUUAGUGGCAGAAACAUAUCCGGCCAGCAAGUCGUUCUGUGUGCAAAUCGGUCCCAGAGGGCACUGUAAAAAAAUAGAUACUUGUUUGGAUAGUGCCACAUUUACAGUGAAUAUCUUCAUCCUCAGAGAGAAACCCCCAUUUUUCCAUUUAAUCUUUAGUUCUAGACAGAUCAGUACAUUUUAUUAUGCACUGCCCAGUGUCAUUUGUUGAUUUGGGGCGGCUACAGAAACCAAUUCAUUCAAUCAAUCAAUUAACUUCAUAACAUUACUCCAAAUGGGGAUAUAGAGAACAUGAUCAAAACAUGUGAGUUAAGAUGUUCUUGAAUUUCUUGCAACACUAAUAAAUGAUAAAUCCAUCCUUUACAAAAUAUUCUACAUACUGUCCCACAGAGAUUAAUAGUUUGAUGGAUUAAUUUAAGCUUUAAUUCAUAGGGCAUAAACUUUGUAUUUUUCAAAACACGAAUCCAUUGAGUCCUUUGACAGAACCAGAGUUUCCAGUUGUUGAUUUUGAGCUUCUUGUACAUAUUUUAAACCAUUUCUUUUAACUUUUGACAUAAGAAAGAAGUAGGUUUGGAUUCUGAAAUUAAUUCUUUAGUAUUAAUAACAUUGAGUAUGUUAGAAGUUGCUAAAGCAUCAGAUCCAUGUUGAGAGGUCAAGCAUAUUUUAACUGGAUAUACUGUAUCUCCAUUGUUGCAUCGAUAGUAAAGAAAAUUUUAUAUUCAGACUUGUAAGACAAUGUACUAUAAAGUAGAAUUGGGUCAUCUGUCUGGUCUAACUGGUAAAGACACCCUUUCUGCCUCAAAUCUCUCUCAUUUUAUUUGUGGAUGUAUUAAAAUAGCCUCAAAGUA